UGUGAUUAUUGUCGGUAUUAAAUAGGAUAAGCAGGGACGACGAGGCUUGAAAUUGAAUUGAUGGCAUGUACACCAUAAUUAGUUUAUAAUAAUUAGUUUAUUGGCUCGAAGGUGAUAGCUGUGAUAAUGACAAUGAUGAUACUGGGAUCGCCUUUGAGGCUUUGACAACGAUACUGCGCUCCGCAUUAUAUUGGCAUUUUCUGUACUUAAUUAAUUCCCCCCUCUAAAAUAUUCGUGUAUGUGGUGAAGCAACUUGUUGAUAGGAAUAGCAAUGGGCAUUGUCAAAAAAAAAAGGAAUAGCAAUGGGCAGGUAUCUCGAUAUCCAUAUAUGUCUCGUGGUAAGUUGAGUACAAAUAAAGUAAUUUAUUAUGAAACAUGAGUCGGGACAAGUCGACCCGUAUGAGCAUGUAAUUUAGAAAAAAAAACAUUAGAAAUAAUCAUUUUCAUUAAAAAUCCAAGAAAACAAAAGAUAGUAUGAUAAACAUAGUUAAAUUAUUGAAGAAACUGAGGUUCUCACCUAUUUACAACUUUCAACAUAGCUCAAAUAUGAAAUAAUAAAACUAAAAUUCUAAAGUAAUUUGAGUAUAUUUACAUAUGAUUUAGGCAAAACGGAUGGAGAAUGAGGCGGGUCAGGUCAAGGUUAGUACACAUGCACAUCCCGCUCCGUCUACAGAGCGUGUAUUACUCGCCCAAAACAAAUAAGGUAAAACGAUCGAAAUUGCCAACCUGGGUUCGAUGACCGAGUCUUGGGCCAUGGUGGCCAUUUGUCAUGUCUUAAUAAUUUUAAGACCCUUCUUAUUAAAUUAUUGUGGUCAUUACCUAACUUAAUUAAAUCAUAAUGGGGACCUUGUAUAUGGACCCAAAUCGCCAAUAAUAAUGUUCGUGCUGGUUAAUUAGACCCUUUGCAAUUCUCAUCCACAUCUUUCAUUGUGACUCUAUACUAACUUAGCUAUGUCAUGAGGUUUUAUCUGAUUGGUUUGUUCCAGAUUUUCAACUAAUUCAUGAGUUGAUUAGUGAGUAGUAGUACGUGUGUAAGGAAUAAUUUGGUGUAUAAUAAAUGUAUAUGUUUCCUUGGAAGAAUUCAGUGGAACUCUACUUUUUCUUCAUGCACUUAAAAAAUCCAUGACAGUCUUGUUUGUAAGACUUUUUCAUCGUUUUCACAAGUACCAAAAACGAGAAGAUGGUGCAAAGGCAAAAGAAAAAGACUGUUAGGGGAUACGAGAUUACUAGGGUUUUAGCCGAUACAGAACACGAAGGUGGCUUGGACCUUAAUUGGAGGCUAGAGUUAGGCCAUUUACUUAAGGGAUGGAUGAGGUUUCAAUUUAGGCAUUUAGCUAGCUUGCUAUGGUUUUGAGACAACUGGGCAGAGCAGAGGCAGAGUACUGUGAAAGUGGGCGGAGGGAGGGCCUGCCUGGCUGCCUCUGGCCUUUGCUUAGGGUUUGGUGCGAUGGGUUGCUGCUAGCAACAGUUUUGUUAGAGAGAGCACAGCGUCUUGCAGAAACAAAAACCUAGCAUACAAUAGCAGUUUUGGCUGUGCGGCCUCUGGCUCAGCCUCAGCUGUCCUUCUGUCCGCUGUGAAACUAAAACUGUACGACGCUUAUUUGCUGGUCCUUUGGUCGGGUACGGUUUGGUGCGGUUUCUAUCUUCGAAUUUGAUUAUCUCAUUAGUAUGAAGGCUUGAAAGCUGUAUUUGGAGGUCUACUUACAUCAUUCCCAUUUUCAGGCUAUACCAUGUAGAGAUCAUCUAUCUCGUUGAGUUAAAAUGAUUUCGAGCCUCAACAUUUGAAUGUCCGAGUCUGUCGCGAUAGCUACCAGUACCAUCUCAUUGCAUUUGUGUUAUUUUCAUAAUCUUAUUAUAAUAAUUAAGGAUGACGGCACAAUCCGUUGUCAUGAAUACACUACCGAGUCUUAACUGGUGAAAAUUUUGAUAGGUAUGGUGGGAAUAUAAGUUUGGACCCAAACUAUACGCAUAUUCAUAUACCCGGCUACCCGCCCCCCAAAAUCAUAUGAUUUGGUUAGUACUUGUAAUACUUCUUUAUGUCUUAACACCCAUUUAUCUUCUAUUUCAUGAUAACCUUGAUGUUAAUUUUAACAUCUUUCUUUUAAAUGAAAUUGACUCACUUGUAUAGUCUUAUGAGCACCCAUAGACCACGUAACCAUGUUCAUUGAUCACGGUAUGGAUACACCAUUCCAAUAUCCUACGAGGUUUUAUUUGGUAAUAGUGUGGGCGUCGUCGACAUAUUGGGUAUGAAUUUAGGGUCUGAUCCAACACAUUUUAUCUUGAGCAAUGAUAAGAUGUUAAGAUGUAGACAACCACUCAACCUAUAUUGAUCAAAUAGGGUAGAUACAUCUUUUUGUGUUUGGUAUCAAAUUGAGAUUAUGUAUCAUUAAAAACUACUCAAUACAUUUUAUCGACAUACAUGAGUAAACAAUAAUUAGCUAAUGACACAAUUACUUGUUCGUGAAUGGUUUACAGGAAUUUUUUUCAGAUCAACUUUGGUUUCUCCUCACACCCAUUUAUUCUUCUAUACAGCCAAUACAUUUGACUUUUAACUUAAGAAAAGAUCACCCUUUGUUUUCCCAAAAACCGGUUUAGUAGACACUAGACAGUAGUACAGUACCCACUGGCCACUACUCUCUUGGAACGAAAAAUAACCACAAAAGCAAAAAAGUUCUGUGUUUCCAAUUGUCUCCAUAGAUUCCACUAUUCUCUGACUUUCUCUUGACUUCCUCGCCACCAGUCCCCUGUUCUUCUCUUCCUUGUCUCCAUUUUCCCCAUUCCCCUAUCUGCUCCUCCAGAAAAUUUGCUUCUACUUUCCUGUGAAUUAGGUGAGGCUGUUCACCUUCCUUUUGUCAGGCUUCUCUCUUCUCCUCCUGUCCCAAUCUCAGGCCACCUCCCCUGUUUUUUGUUUCCUCUGCUUCACACCCGUAAAGCAGAGAGCGAGACAGUGAAAGCUCUAACUGUACCAAUCUUUUUUUUUUUUUUCAUUACAGAAAUAUAUCACAUCACCACCACAAUCCACGCCAAUAUAAGCUCCCAAAUCCUCACCUAAUAAGCACAAACGAAAGCUUGCCAAAUCCUCUCUUUUAUAUCCGUAUCUCACUCUGUUCUUCUCCAGCUUCAAACCCACACUUCUCCAAAUUCAAACCAAACCACAUCCCACAAAUUUCUCAACUUCUCCCCCCUAGUUUUAUAUUUUACCUUCCUUCCCCUCAACCCAUCAUGAGUAAUUCGAUCAUGACGGCGAAGACCCGCCACGACUCCUCUUUCUCCUUCUCCAGGCGCUACUUCAACUGGAAGAGGCAUUCCGUCGAACACCUUGCAGACAACACCGACCACGAAGAAAUCCUCGCUACCCACCACUCCUUAUCUCACCACUACUCUUCCGACGACGAUCUCCACCCUUCAAUUCAAGACCCACAACAACAGCUGAAGAAAAAACACAAUCUUUCCAGCAAGCUGCGGUCGGCGUUCACGCUAUUGAGGGGAGGAGGAAGUAAUAAUUGCGACCGGAGCUCGAGGCUGGGAACCAAAGUGGUCGGGACCCUUUUCGGCUACCGGAGGGGCCACGUCCACUUCGCGUUCCAGGAGGACCCGAAGCAGAGGCCGGCGUUCCUGAUCGAGAUGGCGACGCCGACGAGCGUGCUGGUGAGGGAGAUGGCUUCUGGGCUUGUGAGGAUUGCGCUGGAGUGCGAGAAGAAAUCUUCCCCAACAUCGGCGGAGAAGAAGAAGAAGAAGAAGCAAGGGAUUAAGCUGCUGGAAGAAGGGGUGUGGAGGAGUUACUGCAAUGGGAAGAAAUGCGGGUACGCAUUGAGAAGGGAGUGUGGUGAGGAGGAGUGGAAGGUGCUGCAGGCGGUGGCGCCGAUCACGAUGGGCGCCGGAGUUCUGCCGGCGGCGGCGACGGAGAUGGAAAAGGAAGAGGCUGGUGGAGGGGAAGGGGAGCUGAUGUACAUGAGGGCGAGGUUUGAGAGAGUGGUGGGUUCGAAGGAUUCGGAAGCGUUCUACAUGAUGAAUCCUGAGGAUGGUUCCGGUGGCCCUGAGCUCAGUCUCUACUUGCUUAGGUCUUAGCUAAUCAUAUAUGUACAAGCCUUCUUUGUUUUUCAAAAUUUCUCUCGUCUUUUCGCCGACGGAGAAGGGGGAAAGGGAAGAUUGAAACUUGUUCUUCCCUGUCUGCUCUGCAUGUUUUGGU